CCUGUCGCUGUCAAAGUAAUCUUCCGUUUAGUCAAGUGACGCCAUUGUGAGCCGUAACGACUUGUGAGACCCGAGAGUUUAAUCUCAAAUAUUUUUACUAAUCUUGAUAAGUUUUUACAAAACAUAAACCAUGGCUGAGGAGAAUAUGCCCACUUUCAAGUGCGUCCUAGUAGGAGACGGUGGUACGGGCAAAACCACAUUCGUAAAACGGCACUUGACUGGAGAGUUCGAGAAAAGAUACGUCGCGACUCUCGGCGUCGAAGUCCAUCCUCUAGUGUUCCACACGAACCGCGGGCCGAUCAGAUUUAACGUAUGGGACACAGCCGGGCAGGAAAAGUUCGGCGGCCUUCGAGACGGUUACUACAUUCAAGGACAAUGUGCGAUCAUCAUGUUCGAUGUAACAUCCCGUGUCACAUACAAGAACGUCCCCAACUGGCACAGAGAUUUAGUGCGAGUUUGUGAAGGAAUCCCAAUCGUACUCUGCGGUAACAAAGUAGACAUCAAAGACAGGAAAGUCAAAGCAAAAACCAUUGUGUUCCACAGAAAAAAGAACCUUCAGUAUUACGACAUCUCUGCCAAAUCAAACUACAACUUUGAGAAACCUUUCCUGUGGCUAGCGAGAAAGCUCAUUGGUGAUGGUAACUUAGAGUUUGUUGCCAUGCCUGCUCUGGUGCCCCCAGAGGUCACAAUGGACCCACAAUGGCAGAACCAAAUCGAGAAAGACCUCAAAGAAGCCCAGGACACCGCCUUACCUGAAGAGGAUGAAGACUUGUAGAUAUAGAUUAAUAAAAUUCCAGUGCCCUCAUAUUCUAAUGUGAUCAGAAGAUAAUUAUAGCCAAAUGCUUGUAAUACAUUCAUUCCAUUAGUUUUGAAAUUGGUUUUAAAUUGUAACAGCAU